UCAAGCGCCAGUCACCUCUUACUCGGAACUUUCUCCUUCUUCAUUGAAACCCACCAACAAAAGCACAUUCAUUCAACAUGGGCCGUCUUGAAGGCAAGAACUGCAUCGUCACUGGAGCUGCUGGAGGCAUCGGCCUGGAAACCUCGAUUCUCUUUGCGCAAGAAGGCGCAAAUGUCCUCCUCUCCGAUAUCUCAGGCCCAGCCCUAGAGAAAGCCGCGUCCAAACUCAAAGAGGUCGUCCCCUCUGCAAGCAAAAUUGACACCAAAGUCGUCGAUGUCUCCAAGGAGGCCGACGUGCAAGCCAUGGUUGAGCAUCUCGACGCAUGGGGCGGCGUAGACGUCAUCUUCAACAACGCAGGCAUCAUGCACGCCGACGACGCUGACGCUGUGGACACUCCUGAAAAGAUCUGGGACCUUACUCAGGCCAUCAACGUCAAGGGCGUGUGGUUUGGCAGCAAGCACGCUGUUCUGAGCUUCAGGAAACACGGAAAGACAAAGGCUAGUGUCAUCAACACCGCGAGUGUGGUGGCUCUUGUCGGAAGCGCGACACCACAGCUUGCCUAUACUGCCAGUAAAGGUGCCGUGCUGGCAUUGACGCGCGAGUUGGCCAUGGUUCAUGCCAGGGAGGGAUUCAGAUUCAACUCUUUGUGCCCGGCUCCAUUGAACACCCCACUUCUCCAGGACUGGCUUGGUGACGACGCGGCCAAGCGUCACAGGCGUGAGGUGCAUUUCCCUAGCGGCCGUUUUGGCGAGGCCAUCGAGCAGGCCAAGGCCGUCGUCUUCCUUGCCAGCGAGGAGAGUAGCUUCGUCAAUGGUACCGACUUUGUCGUUGAUGGCGGCAUGACCAAGUGCUAUACCACCGCCGAGGGUAAACCCACCGAGGCGCCGAAGAACCAGGCUCGCUGAGAGUCUGCCAUCGGCACCACUUUUCAUGUCUUCGUGGUUGGAGAAAAGGAUCAUGGAGUGAGAUGACGUUUUUUCGGGAUUUCCUGGGCAACAUAGAGCCUUUCCCCGAAAGGAUAGUGCCAUGCUUCUAAUGUGAAUGAUCGGUGUGGAUACUCCCCUUUCUUU